AUGGCGGCCCCGGCGUCUCACGUCGCGGUGCUCGCCGCCGUCCUCCUCCUCCUCCUCCCGUCCCUCCUCGCGCGCCUCGCCGUUGCGCAGCCGACCAAGGGCGCCAAGGCGUUCUGCAUUAGCCAGUUCGCCAUCGCCAGCCAGGCCUGCUCCAUCCUGCCGCCGAGCCCACCCGACGAGCACCACCACCACGACGAUGACGACGAGGACGAGGAUGACCACGACGACGACGAACAUCAUGACCGCGACCGUCGUCGCAGCCACCACGCUGCGGCCGAGCUCCGCGCGUACCGCGACUGCUGCCGGUGGCUCAAGGAGGUGCAGAAGGACUGCGUCUGCGAGGCGCUGCUGCGGCUGCCCCCCUUCCUCGUCAAGCCGCAGCACACUUACGUGGUCAGGGUCGGCAGGACGUGCAAGAUCACCUACCGCUGCGGCGGCGUCUAG